AUGUCAAUCCUCAUCAAUCCUUUUUCUCGUACGAGUCGCGCAGGCGACGCCUGGUUUUGUGCCGGCCCAGCUUCUUCAUAUCCCAACGUUGAUGACGAUUCCCGUGUGGGCGAACAACGCGCAUGCAACGGAAAAUACAUUCCAGGAUGCCGGGUAUUCCACGUACCGCGUGAAGAUAGUUCAGAGGCUAUUGAAAUAGCAAUUGAUGAUUGGAAAGAUCCCGAACUCGGUACUGGCAAGAACCAAGUGAUGGUAUUCCAGUACAAAGAGAAGUUCAUUGCGGUUGAUCAUGAGUGCCCACACUCAUCCUAUCCUCUGUCUAAUGGCACACCUUUUGACAUCGAGGAUUUCGGCGUAGUGCUAAGCUCUGGAAUUUCAUGCCCAAAACAUUCGUGGUCUUUCGACCUUCAUACUGGAAGGGCGGAUCGUGGCAGCUACAGGUUGCAUGUUUGGGAAGUCCAGCGGAAACCCGGAGAAGCAGGAAGUGAGGAAUUGAUAUGGGUCAGGAGAAAGCAGAAGAUUGGAUGA